UGAGGGGACGCUCUUGCCACACGGCUCCUUGUCGCUGACCCUUGAACCCUGACCCCCGACCCAGGGCGGAGCGCAAUGGUGGCCGCGGUCUGGCGAGGAAUCGGCGCCGGGAUCCGGGGGAUGGCCCGGGGAAGGCAGUCCUGUCGAGCUUACAAGAUGACACCAUCAGACGAUGAGCUGUACCAGCGCACCAGAGUGAAUGCUCUGGAGCGAGAGUCACUCAAUACUCUCUUCAUUGAUGGCUACAGCAAGCUUGGUUUCACCAUCAAUGGGAACCGAGUUUUUGGCCCAUGUGCAGUGAUCCCACAGGCACUACUUCAGUGGAAUGUUGGAAGUUACAAAGACAUCACGGAGGAUAGCCUUGCUCUGUUUUACAUGUUGGAACCCAAAAUUGAGAUUCUGGUUUUGGGGCUAGGUGAGAGAAUGCAGAGGCUGGACCCUAAAUUGUUUAUGCUUUUGAAGAGCAAGGGAAUCGCUGUGGAAGUCCAAGACACGCCAAAUGCCUGUGCAACCUUUAAUUUCUUAACAAGUGAGAAAAGACACACAGCAGCAGCACUCAUCCCCCCUCACUACCUCCCAGGAGAGCUAGAGUAACUUGUGGCGGUAUUCAAGAAGCCUUUCCUCAGAUUGUACAGAAUAAUUAAACUCUUCAUGAUGCAAA